UCAAACUAGUGACCUAUUUUUAUCCUGUAAAAUUUUAGAAACAAAUCGAUCACCACUACCUGAAAACCACACAUGUUUGAGUUUGUUACAACUGUUACUGACAAGUGUCGUACAAUGAGAUGAUCAUCAUCAACUCAUUUCUUUUAAUAUUUAGUUUAACAUCCCAAAAAGCUCCUUAUGCAACCUUGGACUUGAAAACCACAAGUGAGAAGAUAACAAAAUAGAUGUCACUUGUGAGAGAGAGACGUCACCAAAACCCACUCACACUCUCUAUUCCACCACCACAUUACCACGGCAUCAUCCCCAUAGCUCCAUCUCCGUCCUCAUUUUCAUCAUCAAGCUCCGACUCAUCAUCGCCGAUUCAAACCUUGAACGAUCUCGAGAAACUCACCAUUUUAGGACAAGGAACCGACGGGACAGUUUACAAAACCCGUCACCGGAGAACCACAGCUCUCUACGCAUUAAAACUCAUCCGGUCAGAUCUCAGCAUCACCACUCUCGAAGCCGACAUUCUCAAGAGAAUCGAAUCGAGCUUCAUCGUAAAAUGCUACGCCGUUUUUGCUGAUUCAUCCGAUCUAUGUUUCGUGAUGGAGCUCAUGGAGAAAGGGUCUCUUCAGGAUGCGUUGCUUGCUCGACACGUUUUCCCUGAGCAAGUGAUAUCCACUCUCGCUAACAGAAUACUCCAAGGGUUACGUCACCUUCAAGAAAUGAGAAUAGUCCAUGGAGACAUAAAGCCUUCGAAUCUACUUAUUAACGAGAAUGGAGAGGUCAAGAUUGCGGAUUUUGGUGCGAGCCGGGUUGUAACCGGAGGAGACUAUGGUUCGAGCGGGACGUGUGCGUAUAUGAGUCCUGAACGUGUGGAUCCAGAGAAAUGGGGUUUUGAAGAGGUUGGUUUUGCAGGAGAUGUGUGGUCUUUAGGUGUUGUGGUUCUCGAGUGUUAUCUUGGAAGGUAUCCAUUGACUAAAGUUGGAGAUAAACCGGACUGGGCAGCUCUGGUUUGUGCCAUUUGUUGUAAUGAGGAAGUGGAGAAUCCAGUGAGUGGUUCGUUGGAGUUUAGAGAUUUUGUUGGAAGAUGUCUGGAGAAGGACUGGAGAAAGAGAGGCACUGUGAAAGAGCUUCUUCAUCAUCCGUUUGCUAAAAACAGAUAGUAGCUAGUCUCUCUCACAAGUUUUGUUCUUUUUGAUCUGGAGAGUAGUGAUAGGUCUGAUUUGGUUUUCAAGAUUAAUUAUUUCCGAUUUAGUUUCGUUUUGAAACUCAACCUUCAUUUUUGGAUAAAUUUUUUUUUUGAAUAAUUUUUUAAAAAAAUAAAGUUAGUAAUAUAAAAUUUAGUAGUUUGAAAA